CAGUCACUCAUUCCGGCGUCGGUGUUCAUAAGCAAGAGUAGAUUUACCACACGUAAAAGCAACAAUAAAGGAAGGCAAGGAUAAAUUCACUAAAGAAACUAUCCAAAUGUUGUUGUAACUCGUUACAUGUAGUCCCAUGAGUUAUCUGCUUUAGGUGAAGUGUAGAAAACCACCGCAAAUAAUUUUAUUUAGCUAUUUAGCAAGGCAUGGCCGACAUCGAUAAGCUCAACAUAGACAGCAUCAUACAGCGCCUGCUAGAAGUGAGAGGGUCAAAGCCUGGUAAGAAUGUUCAGCUGCAGGAGAAUGAGAUUCGUGGUCUCUGUCUGAAAUCACGUGAGAUCUUUCUUAGCCAGCCUAUCCUGCUGGAGUUGGAGGCCCCUCUAAAGAUCUGUGGUGACAUCCAUGGGCAGUACUAUGAUCUGCUCAGGCUCUUUGAAUAUGGUGGCUAUCCCCCUGAAAGUAACUACUUGUUCCUUGGGGACUAUGUAGAUCGUGGCAAACAGUCACUCGAGACCAUCUGCCUUCUGCUGGCUUACAAAAUCAAAUACCCAGAGAACUUCUUCCUGCUCAGGGGCAACCAUGAAUGUGCCUCAAUCAAUCGCAUUUAUGGUUUCUACGAUGAGUGCCGACGGCGCUACAACAUUAAGCUGUGGAAGACAUUUACUGACUGCUUCAACUGCUUACCCAUUGCUGCUAUUGUGGAUGAGAAGAUCUUCUGUUGUCAUGGAGGUUUGUCUCCAGACCUGCAGUCCAUGGAGCAGAUUCGACGCAUCAUGAGGCCCACAGAUGUGCCUGACCAGGGCCUGCUGUGUGACCUACUGUGGUCUGAUCCGGAUAAAGAUGUGCUAGGCUGGGGCGAGAACGACCGUGGUGUCUCCUUUACCUUUGGUGCUGAAGUGGUGGCCAAAUUUCUCCAUAAACAUGACUUGGACCUAAUCUGCAGGGCCCACCAGGUGGUGGAGGAUGGCUAUGAAUUCUUUGCCAAGAGGCAGUUGGUGACGCUUUUUUCUGCGCCAAACUAUUGUGGCGAGUUCGACAACGCUGGGGCCAUGAUGAGCGUGGAUGAGACCCUCAUGUGUUCUUUUCAGAUUUUGAAACCAGCAGAAAAGAAGAAGCCGAACUCGAGCCGUCCAGUGACUCCACCGAGGAAUAUGGUCACCAAGCAGGCAAAGAAAUAAAGCCUGUCACCAGUGCACUGGCCAUUUUUGGACUUGAGUUAUGAUGUGUCUUUAAUUUGUCACAGCUUCAGAGUUUUUCCACAGUUUUCUCCCCAUUUUUGUAUUUAAUCUACUUUCUUACAACAACUGAGAAAGACCGCAGUCCCAAACUGAGUGGGCCUUGAAUAUUUUAAGAUGCACAUUUUUAAUUUUAGUUUGAUCUCGUAUAUGCAUAGUGGCAAAGCAUUCACACCGUUUUGGCACCAGUUAAUGCAGGGAACUUUUCUAUCUGUGGAAGAACUCCACCAUUUUUUCUCAUAAUUUUGUAUGUUUGGCUCCCCAUUUAAACCACUGUGAACAAAAAAGCUAAAUAUAUUCACUUUAGCAAAUGGCAUCGGAACUAAGAUUUCACACUGGCUUUUGUGUGAAUGUGCCAAAUUUGCUGCUCUAUCCAGUUGUAUUUUAAGAAAUGUUUUAAGAUUAUCCUGUUAAAUCUUUUUUCUUAAAGGCAAUAGAAACUAAAUUAAUUAAUGCAUAAUGAAUCUGUUGAUCUGUAGCAUUGUAUUAAAAGCUGAGCACAUCUAGCUGGGGUGUGUUUUAUGAAACAGAUUAUAUCCAAAUUAAGCAAUUAGCAUUAAACCUCAGUUGUUUUUUUUUUGCUUCAGUUCAGUUUUUAUUUUACCAAGAUGCCUUGUUUGCUUUUUUUUUCUUUUUUCCUUCUCUAGACAUUUUGUUUAGGAUUAAGUAGUUUUGCAUCAGGUAUGAACAUGUCAGAAUAUAUGUUUCUCAUUAGGACAUUUUGUUGUGCGCAUUAUCACUCAGGGUACGCAGGUUUUUGGCAUGCCUCUUCAUGAUGUAGUUCUUUGUCGUGUGUUAUCUGACAAGUUCUGCAUUUUUAAACGAAAUUGUUUUAAGAGAUCUUAUGUGUCUCCCAAACCAACUGUCUAUACAAAAACAAUUUGUUCAGUCUGGGCAAUAACUCACAUUUUUCCACAUUAUAAAUAAUUGUAAUACUUGAUAAAAAUAAAAUGUAAUGUUAAUUGGG